AUGGACAGAUCCAAUGAGACCUCCCCUGUGAUGGGCUUCAUUCUCCUGGGCCUCUCUGCCCACCCAAAGCUGGAGAAAAUAUUCUUUGUGCUCAUCCUGUCGAUGUACUUGGUGAUCCUGCUGGGCAAUGGGGUCCUCAUCCUGGUGACCAUCCUGGACUCGCGCCUACACACACCCAUGUACUUCUUCCUGGGGAACCUCUCCUUCCUGGACAUCUGCUACACAAGCUCCUCGGUCCCCCUCAUCCUUGACAGCUUCCUGACCCCCAGGAAAAUCAUCUCCUUCUCAGCCUGUGCUGUGCAGAUGUUUCUCUCCUUUGCCAUGGGGGCCACAGAGUGUGUGCUCCUGAGCAUGAUGGCGUUUGAUCGCUAUGUGGCUAUCUGCAACCCCCUUAGGUACCCUGUGGUCAUGAGCAAGCCUGCUUAUGUGUCCAUGGCUGCUAGCUCCUGGGCAGCUGGUAUCACCAACUCUGUAGUACAGACAUCCCAGGCAAUGCAGCUGCCCUUCUGUGGGGACAAUGUCAUCAACCACUUCACCUGUGAGAUCCUGGCUGUCCUAAAGUUGGCCUGUGCUGACAUCUCCGUCAAUGUAAUCAGCAUGGGGGUGUCCAAUGUGAUUUUCCUGGGGGCCCCAGUCUUAUUUAUCUCUUUCUCCUAUGUGUUCAUCAUUGCCACCAUCCUGAGGAUCCCCUCAGCUGAGGGGAGGAAAAAGGCCUUCUCCACCUGCUCUGCCCACCUCACAGUCGUGGUCGUCUUCUACGGGACCAUCCUCUUCAUGUACGGGAGGCCCAAGUCUAAGGACCCGCUAGGGGCUGACAAGCAGGACCUUGUAGACAAGCUCAUCUCCCUCUUCUAUGGGGUGGUGACCCCCAUGCUGAACCCCAUCAUCUACAGCCUGAGGAACAAGGACGUGAAGGCCGCUGUGAGGAACCUGGUAUUUCAAAAACACCAAACUGAGUGA